GUUUUCGCCAUUAAAGUGUUUAAAUUGAUGCCAACCGUUUUGUGCGAGUAAAGCGCACCCUCACACGAGUAACAGAGAAGAUAUGUGUUUAAUUUCGUUCCAAACAUCGUGAAUCAGUUUAUGUUUAACACGAAUUCAAUCACUGGCAAUCUGCUGUUUAAAUUAUUACUUGCUGCUAGGAAAGAACAUUUAGUUUCAAGGAGCUGAUUGAGACGCACCCAGAGAUGAGAUUAAAUUUCGAUUUACCUUCCUUUUUUGUUAAUUAUUCUCAUCUUAAACAGGGCAGUGUAUAACGUUAAAAACACAGAAAAACACCUGCUGAAGUGACUGAGAUCCACGUGACUCACUUUUUAUAAGGAUGGAGUUUAUUAAAGAAGAGAGUGAAGAUAUUAAGAUUGAAGAAACAUUCAGAGUCAAACAUGAAGAUACUGAGACACAAACAAAGAUUGAGUUUAUGAAAGAAGAGAGUGAAGAAACAUCGAGAAUCAAACAUGAAGAUACUGAGACACAAACAAAGAUUGAGUUUAUGAAAGAAGAGAGUGAAGACAUGAAGACUGAAGAAACAUUCAGAGUCAAACAAGAAGAUACUGAGACACAAACAGACCUGACGCUGCUGAAAGAGGAGAGUCAAGAACUGCAUGAUGUAAAGGAAGACAAACAUCUGUAUGAGAAACAUAAUGAUUUCAUAAUGGCAAACGAUAUUUUAGUUGCUCAAACUAAAAACGCUCCCUCACAAAAAAGUUAUAUCACCUGCGAACAGUGUGGAAAGAGUUUUGCCAGAAAGGUAGGACUUAAGGUCCACAUGAGAAUUCACACUGGAGAGAAACCUUUCACCUGCCAACAGUGUGGAAAGGGUUUUAUUGAAAAUGGAAACCUUACAAAACAUAUGAGAGUUCACACUGGAGAAAAGCCUUUCAUGUGCCCUCAGUGUGGAAAGUGUUUUACACAUCAAGCAACCCUUAAUACCCACAUGAAAAUGCACACUGGAGAGAAGCCGUUCGCAUGUGAUCAGUGUGGAAGAAGGUUCAGGAGGAAACCAACCCUUAAUGACCACAUGAGAACUCACACCGGAGAGAAGCUGUUCCCAUGUGAUCAGUGUGGAAGAAGGUUCAGAAGUAAACAAAACCUUAAUUGUCACAUGUAUAUUCACUCAAGGGAAAACCAUUUUAACUGUCAUCAGUGCGAAAGGAGUUUCACAGACAAGGAACACCUUAAGAAUCACAUACUAACUCACAUCGGAGAAAAGCCUUUCAUGUGCCAUAUCUGUGGAAAGAGCAGCACAAACAAAGGAAACCUUAAGAUUCACAUGAGAACUCACACUGGAGAGAAACCUUUCACCUGCCCUCAGUGUGGAAAGAGCUUCACAGUUAAAGGAACCCUAAAGAAUCACAUGAGGAUUCACACUGGAGAGAAACCGUACACAUGUGAUCAGUGUGAUAUCAGUUUCGCAUAUAUCCCAGAGCUGAAACGUCAUCAGCAAUCUCAUUCUGGACAUAGUUCAUAAGUGUGAUGGGGUUAAAAAAAACUGAGCAUCUGUGCAUUAACUCCGGAUAAAGAGAGAGUAUUUUAACAUGUCAUGCAGAUGUUUUUGUUCUUUGAAAAGAGUUUUAAAAUUUAGCCAUUUCUAAUGGUACCAAUUAAUCAAUCAAUUGAUUGAAUCGAGGCAUCACUAUUUGAUUCAGAUUAAUACUCAUUAUAUUACAUAAUGUUCCAUUCAGUGUUGCCAACUUAGCGGAUUUGUCGCUAGAUUUAGCGACUUUUCAAACCCCCAUAGCGACUUUUUUCCAAAAAAGCGACUAGCGACAAAUCUAGCGACUUUUUUUUGACAGACCUUAUUUAUUCUCUGAGACUCUCCAGUACUGCCGAACGAGCACAAGCGCUCGCGCUCUCACUCUCUCUCUCUCUCCCCCCCCC